GCCACUUAUCAUUAGAUAUGGCCACCGUUAUAGAGUACGCCGAAGCGUCAUCUUCAACUUAAUUUUGUGUGCUUUUCUGCUCAUCUCGCUGAGCGGCCACUGUCGCAGGGGGGGAUGCUGUUUUUUGGCGAGCUAAUGUUUGUCUUUCCAUGUCCCGGGAGGCUGCCGCUGCUGCGUGGCAGGCUCGCAGCGAGAGUCUCCUAACUGGCCGCUCGGUCCCGCAGCUUGUCGCAGCUAAAGAAAAUAGAAGCAGUUGCCAGCCAAGCGGUCGGCACCAGCCUUCGCUUCACCCGUCGCUGUAUAUUCGCUGAGGAUUCAUAUUUAAAGUUUCAUCUGCGGAGGGUCGACUUUUGCACCCGCUUGGAUUUGCGCUUUGAUUUGUUUAUAUGUUAAUGGUGAAAUUGUUGGCCGUAGACUUGGGUGGCUAACACCAACUAGCUAUAUAACCCGAACUCGUGCGACGACAGCUGUCAUUGGAGAAAGGAAAGUGAUCCCCCCCAAAUGUGUGCUCCAGUGAAGCGGUUUUCUGUUGGAUUUACAGCAUCUGCCUUUCCAUCAAAUGGGCAAAGUUGGGAAUAACAUUACAACGUUGGAAUACAAUGAUAUGCGGUAUGCAUUUCUGAGAACUGCGGUGUUGCUUCAUUGGAGAGAGGCUAGCUAGCUCAGUUAGCUUGCUAGCUAGCUGGGUGAUAAAAGUGCGACGUUUCAUCCCAGUAUUUUGGACAUGAAGAGGAUAAUCCGUUAUUCAUAGGGCUGGAAGAAUGUCAUCAGAGGAUAAAUCUGUGGAUCCCUCUGACCAGGGACCCUCACCGCCUUCCAGCAGUGUAGGGACCACGUCCACAGGAAGUCCUGCCCACGCAGACAAGCGACCACGUGGCAGGCCACGCAAGGAUGCCACUGCCAUCCUUCCCCAGGCGCCACCCUCAUCCACGUCUAAGAACAAAAAAAAGGGUCGCACCAGAGGGAGGGUUGUUAUGGAUGAGGAGGACAGCAUGGAUGGGACUGAGAUAACAGAGUCCAUAGGCCCUCAGGACACAGAAACACAAAUCCAGCCAGUGCAGACUGUGGAAGUGGUGACCACCGAGAUACCAGAGGAGGACAAGCCCUCUUCCCCUCUGGCCCAGAGCCCUCCAGCCGAGAAUUCAGCAGGACCAUCUGUCCCAGCGAGUGGAGAAGUCAAAAGCAGGGAGCGUGUCUGUGCCUUCUGUUACUGCGGUGCCCGCAGCCUGCUAGGUCAGGGUGAACUGCAUGUAUUCAGCACCACGCCUCGGCUUGAAGCACUCUUCAGUCACAAGGGUGGAGGAGGCUCGACAAACGAUAGUGGUGAUGGUGAUGAAACUGCUCAGCCAAAAAUGGCCGGAGACACCACCUCAGGACAGAAGGAAAAGACAAAUGAGUCUGAAAGCUGUGAGGAAGAACCAGACCCACCUAAUCGAUUUUGGGAUGAGCUUUCUCAUGUCGGCCUUCCACAAGAUCAUAAAGUCCAGUCUCUCUUCGAGUCAGGGCAAUACUGGGCACAUCAGAGUUGUGCCUUGUGGUCUGAAGGUGUUUGCGAGGGCGAGGGACAAUCUCUGCUUAAUGUGGACAGAGCCAUUGACUCAGGGAGCACAAAGCACUGUGCAUACUGUAAGCGCCUUGGAGCAUCCAUUAAGUGCUGUGCUGAAGGAUGUGCUCAGUUUUACCAUUACCCCUGUGCGGGGGCAGCUGGGACUUUUCAGGAUAUCAGGAGUCUCUCCCUCCUCUGCCCAGAACACACGGAAUUGGCCGUUCAGAAAUUUGUAGAUGAUGUGAAUUGUGCACUUUGCGAUAGCCCAGGGGACCUACUGGACCAGCUUUUCUGCACCAGUUGCGGUCAGCAUUACCACGGGAUGUGCCUGGACAUGGCCGUGACCCCUCUAAGGAGGGCAGGUUGGCAGUGCCCUGAGUGCAAAGUCUGCCAGACAUGCAAGAAUCCAGGAGAAGACACUAAAAUGCUGGUGUGUGACAUGUGUGACAAAGGCUAUCAUACCUUCUGUCUGCAACCUGCUAUCGACUCUCUUCCUACCAAUGGAUGGAGAUGUAAGAACUGCAGAGUAUGCAUUCAGUGUGGAACACGGACCAGCGGCCAGUGGCACCACACCAGCCUGUUGUGUGAGAACUGUGUACAAAACCAGGAUCCUGCUCUGUGCUGUCCUACGUGUAACUGCAUCCUGGACCCCGAGCAUCAAAAAGACCUACUAUUCUGCCAAACUUGUAAAAGAUGGCUACACCUGGAGUGUGAGCGCCAGAACUCAGGCCAAGCAGAAAUCCAUCCCAGAGAGGACUAUGCUUGCUUUAACUGUAGAUCUCCUACUGAAGAGCAGGCGCUACAGGCAGAGGAUAUGGACACUGGCCCAGAGCUUAGCCCUCAGCCAGCGUUCAUGCACACAGACUCUGAGACCGGCCUACAGCUGGCUGAAAAGCACACAGACCUAGAACCUGGCACUCCACUGCCUCCUGAAAUGCACAAUGACCCCAAACCGGAAUUGCUUGCUGUUCCAUUGCACUCAGAUACAGAGUCUGGUCAGGCCACCGUCCAGGAGGAGAAGCCGGCCGCGUCGCCCCAGAAGCCUGAAGUCUCAGUGGGAGCAGAUGUUGAAAGGCAGGUUACUGAAUCCUCUGUCAACAAGGACUUGAAUCCAGAAACAGAACCAGCAGCAGGCACACAGCUCAUAUCUAAGGACAGUCCUGCAUCUUCAGCAACUCCUGACCAGGAGUCAGAGGCUUUUCCAGCCCAGCUCUAUGUGGACACACUACAGACACAAGAAACCACAUCACAAACCAAGCCAGCAGAGACCGAGGUCUGCCCUGAGCAGGGCAUGGCCAACCCUAGCACAAAGGAUUAUAAUGCCAUCAUCUCAAUCACCAAAGAACCAAGUGCUACAUCAGUACUUUUCACAGACCAACCGAUGGAAGUGUCACAACCCCAGUCUUCUAGUGCAGAUGUAGUCAGGGCUUCUUUCCUGGAAGCUGCCCCAAAAGAGCUUAACAAUGAGACAAGGGAGGGUGAGGGUAUAUUUUACCAUAACUUGGCAGAGACUGUUAAACCCUCAGCGUCUGGGACAUCAGAGGAAAUGGACACUACACCGGAGAGCAACGCUAACCCUUCAUUUGCCAUCCUCUAUCAAGAGGGGAAACCACUCAAGACAUCUGUGGAGAGACUGGCUGACAUGAUUACCUCUCCUCCCCACUCCUCGCUUCUAGCCCGAGGAAUGUGUUCACAAGAACCGUCCCAGACCCAGAUACUACCUUCGCUAGGUGACCACAACAGUGUGAUGCCCACCACCACCCUCAUACCGUUCACCCCGAAGAUUGGAAUGGGAAAGCCAGCCAUCACAAAGAGGAAGUUUUCUCCUGGGAGGCCACGAGUGAAGCAGGGUGCAUGGAGCCCUCAUAGCAGUGUGAGCUCCCCCUUGUCCUGGUCACCAGACCAGCCAGAGGGGUGGGACAUCCCAAAGACGAGGCAGUCUUCUGGCAGCCCCGGCUGGAGCAUCAGAGUGGGUCGCGGGUCGGGCUUUCCUGGGAGGAGGCGGCCCAGGGGGUCUGGUCUGUCAGGUAGAACUGGACGUGGCAGAGCCAGAGGCAAGAACGGAGUGAGCCCCAGCAUUAACCCUGGGAUCACCACAAUAGAAACACCAUACCCACUGAAGGAAGAGGAGGAGAAUGCCAUGCACAACACAGUAGUCAUAUUCUCAAGCAAUGACAAUUUCACGCUAAAACAGGACAUGUGUGUGGUAUGUGGAAGUUUCGGCCUUGGUGCAGAGGGACGGCUUUUAGCCUGUGCUCAGUGUGGCCAGUGCUACCAUCCAUUCUGUGUUGGCAUUAAGAUCACGAAGGUGGUGCUGAGUAAAGGCUGGCGUUGUCUGGAGUGUACAGUGUGUGAGGCGUGUGGCCAGGCUACGGAUCCUGGCCGCUUGCUGCUGUGCGACGACUGUGACAUCAGCUAUCACACCUACUGCCUGGACCCUCCACUGCAGAAUGUCCCCAAGGACAGCUGGAAGUGCAAAUGGUGUGUGUCCUGUACCCAGUGUGGUGCCACCACUCCAGGUCUAAGGUGUGACUGGCAGAAUAAUUACACUCAGUGCGCCCCCUGUGCAAGCCUUGCAACAUGCCCCAUCUGCCUCGUGGACUACAGCGAAGGCACAGUCAUUGUGCAGUGCCGACAAUGUGACAGAUGGUUUCACGCCUCAUGUCAGGGUCUCCAUUCAGAUGAGGAUGUAGAAAAAGCUGCAGACAGCAGCUUUGACUGCACAAUGUGCAGAGCUUUUAAGACAACUAAAGCUGUGACCAAGGACAGGGACACCAUUGAGCCUAUGGUUAUGACGCAGAUUUUCACAAAGGCUAGAGAAGAUCUGUCAAGGACAUAUACCCAGGAUGGUGUUUGUCUAACAGAGUCGGGUCUUUGCCAGCUCCAGAGCUUGUCUGCUACAGCCUCACGGCGGAGGAAACCAAAGCCGAAGCUGAAGUUAAAGAUCAUUAACCAGAACAGUGUUGCGGUUCUUCAGGCUCCUGUGGACCCUCUUACAGAACACUGCCGCGAUGAAGACAUGGAGGACAACAGAGAGGCAGAACUCCUAGAUUGUGAAGGGAAGUCGGACUCGAGCCUGGAGCGAGAGCCGGCAGAAGACGACUCCAAGGGGGCCGAUGGCGGCAAGAAGAGGAAGAGGAAACCGUAUCGGCCGGGUAUUGGAGGGUUUAUGGUUCGCCAGAGGAGCCGUCCAGGCCAAGGUCCAGGCAAAGCCAAGCGUUCUCUCUGUAGAAAGGAUUCCUCUGGCUCAGUGUCAGAGAAUCCUGUUGGCAAAGAUGAAGGAUGGACAGAAGCACUACCUGAUACUCCUGUGGAUGAGACACCUCCCGGACCAGAGGUUCCAGAAAAAAUAAAGAAACGAUACAGAAAGAAGAAAACCAAACUAGAGGAGGCUUUUCCCACCUACUUGCAGGAGGCAUUUUUUGGAAAAGACCUGCUGGACAAAAGUAAGCAGAGCCGGCAUCAGGGGGCUGAGUCAGGCUUAAUGGAAGAUGGACAAAGUCAAGGGGAGAGGAAGCCCACCACCAGCUUCCUAGAGUCGUCAUCAGACCCUCUGCUCAGUGCAUCAUCAGCAUCUCUUCCAACCAGACCAACAGCACAGACAUCUGAGGAACCAUUAGUUGAUCUUUCUGAUGUUCUGAACACUGAUGCAGACAUCUUGGGAAUGCUGGGAAAGUCAAGCAGUGACUCUGGUCUUGAUUUUUGCCCCUUCCAGGUUGACAGCUCUCCUCCUCCGUUUGCUGGUCUGGAUAUUGGGCCCCUGGCAGACAACUCUCCAGUGGUGCCCCAGUCUCAGGCUGGCCGGAGGACACCUCGAACCCUCCCAGAGGAACCCCUAGAUGGGAUUCUCAGCCCAGAGUUGGACAAGAUGGUCACUGAUGAAUCAAUUCUCAGCAAGCUUUACAAAAUUCCAGAGCUGGAGGGUAAGGAUGUAGAAGAUCUCUUCACAGCAGUUCUCAGCCCCAGCACAAGCCAACCACCUCCACCACCACAGGUGCCUCACCCCCAGGGUCCAGGGCCCCUCCCUGCCACACCUGGGACUAGCAUGCCACACCCCAAUACAGGGAACCCCAUGUUUCCAAGGAUGCCAAUGAUAAAUGGUAUGAUGGGACCUAACCAACGCUUCCCUACAAAUCCAGGUGCAGGGCCCUGCAUCCCAGAUAAUUUCCCUCCCCUCAACCGUAUGCCUUUCACUGACAAUCCAAGAACGUUUAAUCAAAUGCCAAGAGAGGCAGUUGGUCCAUGGCCCUCCCCUGCCCAUGGUCCCGGCCCUACACCCCCUGGCCCUCUGCCUGAUGGGGAGACUGAAGCCAUGUCAAAUGCCCAAAGGAGUACACUCAAGUGGGAGAAGGAGGAAACACUUGGAGAGCUAGCAACUGUCGCACCCGUCCUGUAUACCAAUGUGAAUUUUCCCAACCUCAAAGAAGAAUACCCAGACUGGUCUACAAGAGUAAAGCAAAUUGCUAAAUUGUGGAGGAAAGCUAGUUCUCAAGACAGGGCCCCAUAUGUGCAAAAGGCAAGAGAUAACCGAGCAGCCCUGCGCAUCAACAAAGUCCAGAUGUCGAAUGAGACUGUGAAGAGGCACCAUCCACAGCAACAGCCCCCUGAGGUGUUUGAUCCCAACAUACCACUAGACACAGAACUGCUGUUUAAAGACCCUUUGAAACCAAAAGAGUCAGAGCAUGAACAAGAGUGGAAGUUUAGACAGCAAAUGAGGCAGAAAAGCAAACAGCAAGCCAAAAUUGAAGCCACUCAGAAACUAGAGCAAGUUAAGAAUGAACAACUCCAGCAGCAACAGCAACAGCAGCAGCCGACCAACAGCCAGUCAGAGGGAGAAGGAAACAGCAGUGGUACCCAGAGCCCUGCCUCCCAGCCGGGCAAUGGCAGCAUGUCCCCCAUGCAGCAGCUCAACUCUAAAGAAGGCUUUGCCCGGCCACAACUGCCAGGGACACCCACUGCAGGUCCUCCAGAGGAUGUUUUCUUAAGACCUCCUCCUCCACCUCCAUCUGGCCCUUCCUCCCAGCCUCAGUCCCCACAGGUGUUCUCACCAGGCUCCUCUGGAUCUAGACCCUCCUCUCCAUGGGACCCAUAUGCCAAGAUGGUUGGGACCCCAAGACCACCAACUCUUGGGCCGAAUACAUGUCGCAGAAUGGCUGUAGAAUCUGGCAAAUCACCCACCUUGUUGAUGGAUCAGCAGGACAGGGGUAGGCCUUCCCCUGCCUACGAUUCAUUUGGCUCUCCAACAUCUGUGAGCAGUGACCCUUAUGCCAAACCUCCUGACACACCAAGACCGACAGGGGAAAUUGACCCUUUUUUGAAGCCCAUGGGUCCUCCCAGGGCCAGUCAGGCUGCUCAGGGAAGGCCCCCAAUGGGUUCUCCAAGUAGAGAUACCUUCUCAAGGCCAAUGAUAAGAAAUGAGGCCUAUCAACGAAUGACCCAAAACAGAAUGAUCUUGUCUGAUCCUUACUCAAGACCUUUACUAACACCAAUUCCUGGAAGUAAUGAGUCUGGCUCAGUUCCUUUGUUUAAAACACCUAUGCCACCUCCUCAGGCUCAGGAUUCCUUCAGCCGACCAGGUCCACAUCCUGCUGACAGGUUUUCCCAGAAUCAGCAGAGUGACCCAUAUGCUCAGCCUCCUCAUACACCAAGACCGUCUUGCAAUGACAGCUUCACCAGUCCUCCUAGAAUGGGUCAACAACAUCCUCAGGGGCACUCAUUUGCUCAGCCUCCAACAAUGACUCAAAUGUCUAGAAAUCCUUAUGCUCAUGCACCUUCCACUCCAAGGCCCGACCAUUUUACAUAUGAUCCUUUUGCCCAGCCCCCCAAGCCUCCUGCUGAUCACUUUUCUCAGUCUGCAGGCAUCCAGCGAGCCAUAAAUGAGCCUGGUGCUCAACCUCGUCCAUUUUUUGAACCCUAUGCUCGACCACCUGGCACCCCACGUCCACACGACAACUACGGCCAGCCAGCGAAUAUCCCCAGCCCAUCAUCUGAUCCAUAUUCACAAGCUCCUUCCACUCCACGCCCAAGUGGAAUUAACCAGUUUACUCAUCAGCCGCACCCAGGACAGAGAAUGUCACCUUCCCACUCAUUGGACCCUUAUGCACAGCCGCCAGGCACUCCACGGCCCCAAGUGGGAGAACGUUUUUCCAAAUCACCAGGUAAUCAGAGAGGUCCAAUGGAACCAUUUAGUAGUACACCUGUGGCAUCAAGACCUGGGACCAGUGACAUGUUUUCUUCACCUGGGGGACCUAGACCAAUGCUAAAUGAUCCUUACAUCCAGCCUCCUGGGACCCCACGGCCUGAUGGGCUAAGCAGACAAGCUCCAAGGCCAGGGCCAAUGUUAAACCAGGAUCCUUUCUCCCCACCCCAGGCCAGACUUCAGGAUUCUUACCCUCAUCCAGGCUCACAAACACCAAAACACCCAAGUGUGUCUGAAGAUGGAUUCAUUCAAUCACCCUCUAGAAGACCGAGCCAGACACCUUGUCAUGACCCAUUUGAACAAGCCCCCAUAACCCCACGCUUACAGUCCACAGAGAAAAUUGAAAUGAAAGAUGUAGGUGGCAACACAACUGUUCCUCAAGACUCAGGACAAUUGUCUAAUAACUUACAGAUGCCUAGUGUAUCCUCUGAGGCCCAAGGCGUUGCUCUUGUUGAGAGCGAAGAAAGACUCAGACAGCGACAACGAAUUAGAGAACUAAUUCUUAAACAGCAGCAACAGAGGAGUGCCAGUCGACAGGAGAGGGGUCCCCAGGAGCCUGCAGGCAAUAUAACCCCAGGAACACCACGACCCUGGCUCCAAGAGGGCCCUGGGCAACAGGGGGAGAUGUUCAACCGACCUCCCCCACCUUAUCCUGGACAAGUACCCAUGAGAGGGCCAGCAAGGUUUGCUGGACCUUUUCCAGGAGAUCAGCGUGUCCCUUUUCCUAAUGAGGGACAAAUUCCCAGGGGCCCACAUCCUGUAGAUCCUAAUUUGAGACAUCAGGGACCAAGGUUUGCUUUUCCACCUGGGGUGGUAGGACCUCAUGGUUCCCAAGAGUUCUUUCCCCGGGGGCAACACCCAAUGCAGGAUAUCCCUCCUCAAAUGAGACGCUGCAUGUCAGCUGAAAUGGCAAAAAAUAUAGGAACCAACCCAGUGGGGAUGCCCCAGCACUUCCCACCACGUGGUAUGCCAGUGCAGCAGCACAAUAUAAUGGGCCAGCCCUUUAUUGAACUGCGACACAGAACAGCAGAAAAUAGGCCACGUAUGCCAUUUCUCCCAGAUGCCAUACAAGGAGGGAACAUGGAUCCCAACUUGCAGGGUCAAAGGCCAGCAGGCUUUCCAGGGGCACACAAUUCCAGGUUCCCUUUAAACCAGGGGCCUAGGAUGGUAGACCCAAUGACGAGCCAGACUGGGCAUGUACAACUAUCUGCCAGCAUGGACAAUCUUCAUCAGCAAGUCCAAAUGUCAGGAAACAACACACUCAAACAGUCUCCCUUGAUGAGAUCCAUGAGUCAGCCUGCCUCAAAUCAAACCCACAACAUGGAAGUACCAAUGAUCCUGACUGCACCCCCUGCUGGGCAGUCUGUGACACUGGCCAACAAUGAACCAGUUGAGGAAAAACUGGAUGCAGAAGAAUCAGCAGUCAAAGAUCUUGAGGAUGUGGAAGUGAAAGACUUGGUGGAUGCUGACUUGGAAAACCUUAAUUUGGAUCCUGAAGAUGGCAAAGACUUGGACCUAGAGACAAAUGACCUACACCUAGAUGACUUCCUAACAUCUGGUAAAUUUGACAUAAUUGCUUAUACAGACCCAGACUUAGAUGAUAUCAAGAAAGACAUAUUUAAUGAGGAACUUGAUCUCAGUGAUCCAAUAGAUGACAAUACAGAUAACGUUGACAUCAAUAAAAGCUUAGGAGGUGAGGCCUCAUCCAGUACCAACCCAGGGGCCUCAGGGGAGCAGUCUUCAGCUCAAAUCAAACUGGAAGUCCCUGGAAAUCAGGCAUCUGUUUCUACUACACAUAGGCCAGAAAUUAAAAUGGAGGUCAAAGACUGCCAGAAAAUGCCUGAAGUAGGGGAGCAGCAAGCCACUGGAAACACCUUAACCUCAAACCAGCAGGGAGUGAUCCCUGACUCCACCCCUGUCCUGUCUAGUUUACUCAUUAAGCAGCAGCCUGAAGAACAGUCAUUAAAUCCAGUCAUUGAAUCUGUCAGUCAAGGAGGAAACCCCAUGCCCCAGCAGAACCGAGCUACUGACCCUCAGCAUAGCUCUGGACUCGCAAUAAAUCAAACCAUACCUGAUGCCACCACUGCGGGAGAAACUGCUCUGACCAACUUUGGGGCAGACCAACUGAUGGGGCUAACCUCUGGAAUGGACGAGAGCACUCUGGCCCAGCAGGCGGCUUUAAAUCAGGCAAUGGGUCAGCACAACCAGCAACACCGUCCUCUUUUGCUAGAGGAACAGCCACUUCUAUUGCAGGACCUCCUAGACCAGGAGAGGCAGGAGCAACAGCAGCAGAGGCAAAUGCAAGCCAUGAUACGACAGCGUUCCAGCGACUCCUUUUUCCCCAACAUUGAUUUUGAUGCCAUCACUGAUCCCAUCAUGAAAGCGAAAAUGGUCGCCCUGAAAGGCAUUAACAAAGUCAUGGUUCAGAACAACAUGGGAAUGGCACCAAUGGUCAUGAAUAGAUUUCCAUCUGUACCUGCACCACCAUGUCCUGAAAGUACACCACUUCCUCCUCAAGUUGUCGGACAGGAUGGGAAAUUAACACAAGUACCAAGACCAACUCCUCCAAACUUUGGACCAGGAUUCGGCAACAAUGCUCAGAGGGCUCAGUAUGAGGAGUGGCUCCAGGAGACUCAGCAACUACUUCAAAUGCAGCAGAAGUUUCUGGAAGAGAAGAUUGGCGCUCACAGGAAGUCAAAGAAAGCUCUGUCUGCCAAGCAGAGAACAGCUAAGAAGGCAGGGAGGGAGUUCCCUGAGGAGGAUGCCGAGCAGCUCAAACAUGUCACAGAGCAGCAGGGUGUAGUGCAGAAACAACUGGAGCAGAUUCGCAAGCAGCAGAAGGAACAUGCUGAACUCAUAGAGGAGUACAGAGUGAAACAGCAGCAGAACAACAUGACACCCAUUAUGCCUGGGAUGCACCCAAUGCCAGGCCCAGCAGGCAUGAUUCCAAGUGGCCCCCCAAUGGUCCAGCCUCCUAUGAACCCUAUGAUGCAAAUGCCACUUCAUCCUGGCCAGACAAAUGUGCCCCCACGUAUGCCUAAUCCACCACCUGGCUGGCAUCCAGGUGCUCCCAUGCCCAUGGGUGGACCAGGAAUUCCUGUAGUAAUGCCUCCCCAGGUACCUGUGGGAAAUCCAGGCCAACCCCAUCCGAUGCCAAUGGGUAACAUCCCUCCGCACUCUCAAAUGCCUGUAGAACCCCAAGCGCCACCAGUUCCACCAGGUGGUGUAAAACCCAUGCAGACAGGUGGUGUGAAGUUUGAUGACAACAACCCAUUCAGUGAAGGCUUCCAGGAGCGGGAACGGAGGGAGAGGCUGAGGGAGCAGCAGGAGCGGCAGCGGGUGCAGCUCAUGCAGGAGGUUGAACGUCAACGAGCUCUAAAACACCGUAUGGAAAUGGAGCAGCAAGGGAUGAUGGGACCUGAUGGGAACAUGGCACCACUCUCUCAGAUGCCAUUUUUUAAUGCGGAGCUGCCGCAAGACUUCAUGCAGCCUCAGAGACCCCCUGUACAACAACAGUCCUUAGGACCGAUGUUCCACCAACAGCAGGGCAUGCAGCAUGGUAUGGGCUCACCUCCUGGAACGUUUAUGCAAGGUGAAAGGAGGGCAUCGAUGGGCAAUGGGAUGAUGCCCCCAGAAAUGGGGCCAGGUUUGGGGCCUGUUAAUCUUCCCCUACAACCGCCCAACUUUCCCCAGGGGCAACCCAGGCCUCGUCAGUUCAGUGGCCCAGGAAUAAUGCUUCAGAUGCCGUGUGAGGGUCCGCCUUUUGGAGGGGAUUCAACACCUUUGCCUUCUAACUUUCCAGGCUCAGGACAGUCUCUCAUCCAACUCUAUUCCAACAUCAUUCCAGAUGAAAAGGGAAAAAAGAAAAGAACCCGCAAAAAGAAAAAAGAUGAUGACGCAGAUUCAGUCAAGACGCCUUCGACUCCACACUCUGACCUUACAGCCCCACUUACACCAUGUGUCUCAGACACCUCCUCAACCCCAACCAGAAGCACCCAUUUGUUCACAGAGCAUGACUUGUCAAGGUCGCCCUUACUGGGAUCAUCCACCCCCAGUCAUUCGGAGCUCGAGAAGCAGCUUUCUGGAGGACAUCCCGGUCUUUCAUCAGACACAGCAAGGGCUCAAGCUCAGGAGCACGAGAGGAUCCUCAGCAACAUCAAGCUUGAGCAGAUUGAUGCCAACGAUUGUCAUGGGUCAAGAGAAGGGCCCAUUGGCUCAGAAAUGAGCUCUGUGAAGGAGGAGGGAAGCAAAGGCAGUGCUUCACCCUUCACUGCAGGACAAAGUCCAAACAAGGGCGAUUCUGGCAAUGAGCUACUGAAACACCUUCUAAAGAACAAGAGUACACCCCCACAUGGGUUGUCCCAACAGAGGUCAGAGGAGAGUCUGCGCUCAGAGGGAGAGGAGUCUGCAGACUGCAAAGCCCUGCUAAGGCAAAGCUCCUUGGACAGCAACGGGGCAUAUUCGGAUGGCAUCCCUGACUUUCCUGGACCACUGAUUCCUGAACAAGAGAAGAAGAAAGGGAGGAACAAGAGGGCACCAAAAGGCGGAGAGAAACCAGCCUCUCGUUACAAGAAAAGGAAGAAGGAAGGGGAUGAGAGGCAACUGAUGCACUCUGGCACGGACACUGUAAUGACGCAAAUCAAACAGCAGCUCUCCCUGCUGCCCCUCAUGGAGCCCCUGAUUGGGGUCAACUUUGCCCAUUUUGCUCCCUAUGGCAGUGGCCAGCUCAAUGGAGAGAAUCUCUUGUCUGGUACUUUUGGCAGCGCCUCACUAGAUGGAGUCUCUGACUAUUACUCCCAACUAGCCUAUAAGCAGAGUAAUCUGAGCAAUCCACCAACACCACCAGCUUCUCUUCCUCCUACUCCACCACCUGUGAACCGCCAGAAAAUGAUCAAUGGGUUUGCGACAACAGAGGAACUGGCAAGCAAAGCUGCCAUGGUUUCCAAAGGUCUGGUCCCAAAGCAUGUUCCCUUUAGGACUGAAGAAGAUCUGUUGGCCCGGGCCAUUGCACAAGGACCCAAAACCGUAGAUGUUCCAGCCUCACUCCCUACCCCUCCACACAACAACCAGGAGGAGCUCAGUAACCGAGGACAGGAGCCGUGCAAAGACAGGGACACACCUGACAGUUUUGUUCCAUCCUCAUCCCCCGAGAGUGUGGUUGGCAUGGAGAUCAGCCGCUACCCAGACCUUUCUGUGGUGAAGGAAGAACCACCCUCUCCAUGUUUGUCUCCUGUCCUCCCGAUGCUUCCUGCACCUCAUGGGAAAGGGUCAGCAAUCAAAGUGCAAGAUAUCAAGACUGAACCAUCUGGAAUGUUUUUUGGUUCGACCUUUGGCCCCAUGUCUAAUGAUUCCAAACAAGGGUUGGUCUCUGUCGCUAUCACACUGAGACAAGCUGCAGCUGAGAACAUCCCUGGCGUCGUGGCAGCCAUUUCAGACCUGUUGUGCGUGAAGAUCCCAAACAGCUAUGAGGUCAGCAGCACCCCAGACAGGGGUGUGUGCGGUCCAAGGAUGGGACCUCACGGCAUGGAGCCUCGGCCUCCCAUGCUGUUCCCUGUACAUGGUGGCAAUGGAGGGCUACAAGGGCGACCGGGACCGAUGAUGAGACCCAGUGGAGCACAUGGAAUGAUGCAGCAGCAGGCAUAUAAUUUUCGCUUCCAUCCUAAUAGCCCAGGUGUAGCUCCUGGACCUGACCAGAAGAACUCUGCCAGCUCUGGAUGUAAACCUCAGUGGUGCUGCAACUGUAAGGUUGUGGUUCUGGGAAAUGGAGUACAGAAAUCUGUCAAGGACCUUCCUUUACACAUGAAGGAGUCUGAAAGCUGUUUCAAAUCUGAAAGCCGUUUCAAAUCUGAAGGGGACCUUGUCUUCUGCAGCCACAGCUGCUUCCUUCUCUACUGUUCCUCAUCACCAUUACGAUCCAGAUCAACCACCGACACAAAGGAAUCAGUGUCACUUCUCCCAGCCUCAGAGCAAACCGAAAGCCUUUGCAAAAUCCAGCACCAGUACAAUAACAACAUGUCAUCACUGGAUGUUCAUUGCCUGGCCCAGCUUCAGCCUAAGCUGUCUCCACCCUCUACCCCUCCCAUCCCAUUCCCCACAGCGAGCGAAACCCCCAGAAUGGAAAUGAAGUCUGAUGCCAUCAAAGUAACAGUGAAGUUAAAAGCCCGGCCGAGGUCUCAUGAAGGCUGGCACCAGGGAAAGAGACAGAAAGGACUCCGCUGGAGGAAGUGGACGGUCCAGGUGGUGGUACCAAGAGGGAAUUCCCAGCUCCCUGAUGAGGAUAAGAUUGAUGAGCUGCUCAAGAAACUUGGGGCCUCCUUGCGCCCUCCUGUCUUACUUCGUGACCAAAGGCGCUGCUGUUUCUGCCACCAGUUCGGUGACGGGAUUACUGAUGGCCCUGCUAGGCUGCUAAAUCUAGAUCUCGACGUAUGGGUCCACCUGAACUGUGCCCUGUGGUCGACCGAAGUUUACGAGACUCAGGCUGGAGCCCUCAUUAACGUGGAGCUUGCGCUUCGCCGCGGUCAAACCGUGCGCUGCGCCUACUGCCAGCACACCGGAGCCACCAGCGGCUGCCACCGUCUGCGCUGCACCAACGUUUACCAUUUCACCUGUGCUCUGCAAGCUCAGUGCACUUUCUUCAAGGACAAGACCAUGCUAUGUCAUGCCCACAGGCCCCGGGGGACAGCGGGGCAAGCCCUGGAACACGAGCUGCGCAGCUUCGCCGUCUUCCGGCGUGUCUAUGUCCAGAGAGACGAAGUGCGUCAGAUUGCCAUUGCUGUGCAACGGCCUGAGUUAGGCUACACGUUUCGCGUUGGCAGCCUGGUGUUGCAUGCAAUUGGCCAGCUAAUGCCUAUGCAGAUGGCGACGUUCCAUUCCUCGACAGCCAUCUUUCCAGUGGGCUACGAGGCCUGUCGCAUUUACUGGAGCAUGCGUCAUGGUAACCGUCGUUGCCGCUACAUUUGUUCUGUUGAAGACGGAGAGGGAAAGCCAGAGUUUUCCAUCAGAGUGAUUGAACAGGGCUACCAAGACCUGGUCCUGACUGACACCUCUGCUAAAGGAGUCUGGGAUAAGGUUCUGGGUCCCGUUGCUGAGAAAAGAACUGAUUCGGGCACUUUAAAGCUUUUCCCCGUUUACCUUAAAGGAGAAGACCUGUUUGGGCUCACAGUCCCUGCAGUCACUAAGAUCACUGAAUCGCUGCCAGGAGUGGAGGCUUGUGAAAGGUACUCCUUCCGUUACGGACGUAACCCUCUUGUGGAGUUGCCACUUAUGUUCAAUCCAGCUGGCUGUGCCCGUGCCCAACCAAGAACCACCUCCCCAUGCACUUCUCUGGUGAUAAGACCACAGCCACAGGCUAUAUCCACCAGCAGUGCCAGGUCAAACCAGAAUGUGGCCCAAGGGGAAGGUGGUGCCCCCCAUAGCAAGCCUCCAGUAGUGCACCCCAGGUCCUCCCAGUACCGCUGGAUGAAGAGUGAGUGGAGAGCUAAUGUGUAUCUUGCCCGCUCCCGCAUCCAGGGCCUGGGACUGUUUGCAGCUAGAGACAUCGAAAAACAAACCAUGGUCAUUGAGUACAAUGGAACCAUUCUCAGAAACGAGGUUGCCAUCAGCAAGGAGAAGAUCUACAGAUCUCAGAAUCGUGCAGUGUUCAUGUUCCGCAUCGACAGUGAACAUAUUGUUGAUGCCACUCGAACAGGAGGGCUAGCACGAUAUAUCAACCACUCUUGUGUCCCGAACUGUGUUGCGGAGGUUGUAACAUUUGAGAGGGGUUACAAAAUCAUCAUCAGCUGCAUUCGCAGAGUUGAAAAAGGAGAGGAGCUGUGUUUCGACUACCAGUUUGACACUGUGGAGGGUCAGCACAAGAUCACCUGCCACUGUGGAGCUGCUGAAUGCAGGAAAUGGAUUAACUGAGGAGAACAACAAAAAAAUGCAUUCCUAAAUAAUAUACUGUGUGGAUGUUGUGAUCUCUGCACGGAGGAGGAGGCUUCGCACGGAAGCCAUUUCACGAAUGAGCAGAACCUGUCAGAGCCUGAACCUUUGGAGAAGAUGCAUGAGUUUACAUGUCGGUUUAACAAAAUCAUACACAAUGGUUGGAGUAAGCGACAAUUUAACACAGUAGCAGGAUGUGACUUGUGCCAUAUGUGAGGGGCUCUGUCUGUAUGCAACGCCUCUGUAUGUAUCUGUGUGUUUGUUGGUGUACAUGGGGUGCCGAAUCCACCAGCGAAUGAGAAAGCACUGUGCAGGGUGCGGCCUUAUUGCUUACUAAGGGCAGGCCCUUUUGUUUCAUACUGUUAAUGUAUACCGUAUGACUAAAUGUAGACAUCACUGAAUGAGGAAUGUACAGCAAUGAAUACCACGAAGGGAAUAAUAACUUGCACUAAAAAAAAGAAAAUAAACAAAAAAAAAUUCACACACACACACACGAAAACUUUAAAAAUACUUGAUUCCAUGAGUCAGUUUUAUCAUAGGUCUGUCAUGUGAUUUGUGUGGAAUUCGAGAGGUUUUGUAUUUAUUACUGAGUGAAUGAAUUUUAUUCUCAAAAUGAUGAGAUUGAGUUAAAGAAGGCUAGAUUGCUAUUGUUUUUGAAGAUUGAAGAAGACAUGCUGUUACUUUUGUAUAAAUGUACAUAAAGAAAACUAUAGGAAUAACCGACCAAAUACUACCUUAACCUUCUUGAUGUUUGGGUGUUUUUAAAUGGUUUCUGUUCUGUUUGUCAAUGAAAUUUAUUUAAGAUGGACGUUAUUCCAGUUUGAGAGUAUAUAUUAUGAUUAUUCUGUACAGAAUUUGUAAUAUAACCACAAUAAUUCACAAAGUAUUUUUGUUGUAUUAAAAGUAAGGUAUUGUAGCGUAGUGUUUUGUGACUUACAUAUACUUUGACCACUCGAAAAGGAAAUAUUUUUGUUGACUAAUGUAACACAGUUAUCAGUUACAGAAUCAAAGAAAAAAAAGACUUCAAUAGUAAAAGAUCAUUUGUGAUCUGUUUGCUGUUAAUCAGGUUUGAUUUUAAAGAACUGUGAAUUAGGUUUUGAAACCCAAAAAAAGCUUUUUAACUUUUUAACACAAAUAGGAACACCAACAUGUAUUUACUUGUUUUUACUUUACUUUUAAAAUACGGUGCAAACGUCUAAUGGUGAUGUGAGUUAGACGAACCAGUGUGUGACAGAGAAGGGGGAGCUUUUACUUGGAACCAUGAGUUGUUCUCCUUUUUAUUUGAACAGAAAUGGCAUUCUCCUUCAUCAGAAAUGUUUCUUAUACUGACAUUUCACACGUCACAUGCUUAGAAACGGAAGAGUUUUUGCGUGCACAAUUUCAAGUCGACUGUAAAAUUUUGCAGACAGUCUUAGAACUUGUAAUGUAUAUGGCAUGUAUUUUUUUAACUUUCCGAAGACUCAAUUGUAUAUAUUUUCUCAAUGAAUGGUUGUAACAAAUUGUUUCUUGGAUAUUUUUCUUCUCUUGUAUAUUACAUCAUCCUGCCAGUGUGUUUGUGCUACAUUUUCUUGGUCGUGUAAAGUAGUCAGACCCCCCCAUCCCCACCCUUUCUUUUUCCUUUUUGAAAAUGCCUUUUGAAGUGUACAGAGUAUGAGGUUUGGAGUUUGUGGAAUUGAAUUUAGAAACAUUUACAAAAAUAAACUAUUUUACAUGUUA